AUGAAUGCAGGUUUUCUUGAGGCGGUGAAACUAUUUGACUUUUACUGUGUUUUCUUCCAUGAUGUCGACCUUAUCCCUGAAAAUGAUAGGAUUCUUUAUAAAUGUGGAAAACAACCACGCCAUCUAUCGGUGGCAAUCAAUGAACAUGGCUACAAGUUGAUGUACAGCUGGUUAGUGGGUGGAGUGUUAGGAUUUAGACCACACACUUUCCGUAAAGUUAACGGAUACUCCAACAUGUUCUGGGGCUGGGGAGGGGAAGACGACGAUAUGUACUACAGAAUGACUCAUUUAAAACUCCGUGUAAGACGACCUCCUAGAUCCAUUGCAAGAUAUACAAUGAUACGUCAUAAGAAAAGAGAACCAUGGUCGAAAAGGUAA